CUGCGGGGUUGCCGGCGUGGUCGAUUCACCGGAGAAGAUGGGAUUGCCGGCGAGGAGCUGCGGAGCGGUCGAUUUUUUGCCCGUGAGGAGCUGCGGAGCGGUCGAAUUCAGAUAAGAACGGCGCUGCCCGGAGGAAUGCGCGUCAUUGGCAUCGCCGACGAGAGAGAGUGGACCGAAAGUGGUGAGGGGAGAUCCGGGGAAGCCGUCGAAAAUGCCGCAGAUCGUGAGCCAGAGCCACGUAGCCCCACCAUUGGCGUUAGCGAUAGUUCACUCAAAUUCACUCAUGUCCUCUACAACCUCUCGCCAGCCGAGCUAUACGAGCAGGCCAUUAAGUACGAGAAAGGAUCCUUCAUUACUUCCAGCGGUGCCAUAGCCACACUUUCCGGCGCCAAGACCGACCGUUCCCCAAAGAACAAACGCGUCGUGAGAGAUGAAACGACUGAGGAUGAACUUUGGUGGGGA